CAAAACCAAAACAUGAUUUUUUGUUAGUCCCCGUGUCAGAACAGAAUCAUCAAGGUACACAGCUGCACCAAUCAAGCAUGUUGCAGAUAAUUUUAAAAGCUCUUCUCUUAUAAUAUUUACAGGACUAUUCAAAAAUUAAAAUGAUAUGGAAAUUAAUGACAGUAUAAUAUAUACUUUAAUAACUGCAAAUCAAUAAUAUUGAAGGUCCAUUUGCAAGUGAAAGUAAACUCCAGCUGGGUGCUUCUGCCAUCUUCUCGGAAAUGACGUAGCACGCUGCAAAGAUUAUUAAUUGCCAGAAAAAUUUGCACGCACACAUCUGGUUUGUUGACUUGAAAAACCGGGAAGAUGUCAUUUUCAGAUAGUUUUGAGAGUGACGAGAGCAGUGGAGAGAAAUCUGGGACUCAUGAUGAAGAAGAAGAAGACCAUUUAGACCAGAAAGAUACCAGCAGUAGUGUUUGGUCUGAUGAUGCUUCCAUGCUGUCAUCAGAAUAUGGUUCUGAAGGGACUUUAGAAUCUGGAUAUCAGAAAGGCUCACCAGAAGAUAGGUUACAUAUGACUCAAAAAUAUGCAAAGAAAUUCACAGCAAAAAAUAAGGUGAAUUUAGCAAUGACAGAGUGGAUCAGAUGUACAGCACUCGCUAGGCUGGUUUAUGGGGAUGGUCACUGGAAGUUAGCCCACAGUCAUGCUAGCCUAGGUCAGGCUUACUUGGAACUAAGAGAGUUAGCCCCUCAAGCAGAGCAUCAUGCAACCCUUGCUAAAAACAUGUUACUGAAGGAAGCUCACUCUACCAAUAGCACAGAGGACAAAGCUGGUCUGCUCCUGGCCUUGAUUACAACAUACUACACCUUAGGAAGAGCUUGCACUAUUCUUAAAAAAUACCCUCAAGCUGAGCAAAACUUGGCAAAGGCAGAAAGAAGUUGCGAAGAGAGAAGAAAACUAUACAAUCAGAAUGAUUUGGACAUCAAAGUGACAUUAGCAUUGGCAAGGUUAUGUGCUAGUCAAGGGAGACAUUCUCCUGGUUUUACAUAUUUCGAGAAAGCUCUAAAACUGAUUGAGGAAGAUUCUGGGAGUGGAAGUAGUCAGUUAGUUCCAGUAUACCAGGACAUGGGGAGGCUAGAACAGAGCAAGAAGGACAAAGCUGACCACGAUAGGGCUGUGGAGUACUUUCUCCAGGCCCAUUCCAUAGCAUCUUCAAAUUCAAAAAGACCACAGGAACUAACAGGGCAGACGGCACAUCAACUCGCCUUAGCCUAUGCUAAGUCAGGCACAUCUGAGGCAGAGACUGCCGCUGAGCGUUACCUUGAAGAAAGCUUAGGUACAUACAGCGUUGUUCAUGGGGAGCAUCACACCAAUUCUAUUGAAGUACAAGAGGAACUCUGCAAGUUAUUAAUACGAACCCAGCGUACCGAUGAAGCAAUAGAACUAUUGAAGUGUAUUAUAUCAGCUAAGUGUACAGUAUAUGGUGAGCUAAGUGAAGAGGUCGGAGAAAGCUACAAGCUGUAUGGCUCCCUCCUUAUGUCUCAAGGAAACUUGGAUAAAUCAUUAACAUACUUUAAGAAGUGUCAUGGAAUCAAAUGUAAUUUGUAUGGCAGUCAGCAUCGUAAGACUCAAGCAAUACAGAGUACCAUUGACAUGUUAUUACAGUCACCAUUGCUUGCUGCAAAAGAAGGUAAAAGUAAAUCAGCUCAACUGAAAGCAAGGCCAAGAUUUACUUCAACUGUUGGAAGAAGUAGUCCAAGAACCAGCAACCCAAUAGAUUACUGAUGGUAAAACAUGCAGUUAUGAAGUUAUUUGAUCAUAAUAAUAAUAUGUUAGACAUCUAUAGCGCUGUAUGCCAACAAUGCCUCUAUCGCUUCACACUAUUACUUCCGGUCAUUAGAUCAAUCAUAUAUGGAACACAUACUCAGCUCCAUGGAGAGAAUUCCAUAAUGUUGCAGCUGUAAUCAGCAUAUUUUGUUUUGGAACCUACCAAGUACCUACUUGUAGUCAUGGAUGGAGAGAGACAACCAUAGGUUAAGUGGCUUGCCCAAGGACACAAGCAAAAUGCACAGCCUGGGAUUGAACCGCCAGCCUCAAGGAUCAGAAGAAGAACCGCAACCAAUGCGCUAAAAUUGCUCCUACUUAAAGUCGGCAGCACAUUUUGGCACGUGUCUGGAAGCAGGCCUCUGAUUGGGUGAUAUUGUUAGUUGGAGCUUGAUAUUAAAUUUGAGAAAACACUGCAGAGGGAUUUUAGAAAUUGUACCCACUAUUAUAAAUUAAAAACCCUAUGCUUAUUCCUUUGGCUAGAAAACUCCUUGAUUUUACGGCCUGAUGUGGAAUGAAAUUGAUUAGCUUGGUUGUUGAGAUGGUUGCCCCCCCCCCCCCUCGAAUCCCAGGGUCCUGGGUUCAAUUUCUGUGACAGCAGGAUUUUUUCUCACGACUAAAAAACUCCACUCCCUAAAUCUCAAUAUUAGACUUUAAAAGCAUAACUGGGCCCUGCGGGAGAACGGUAGAUACUGUAUCUGCUGAACGGGAUACCUAGUAUAAAGAAGAAAAAUUAAAUUUAUGUAGAACUGAGCAUAUAGAGAGGUAUAAAAAAAGCAGUAUAUGAAGAUUUUUGCAAGGACAUUGGAAACAUCAAAGAUUCACCAUAAAUUUGCUUGCAGUUUGCAAUGUUAAAUAAAAAAUUCAGGCCUUUGACUUAUUGAUAUGCCCACUUCUGAUCUACAUCAUAAAGUGUUAACCAUUAAUCCUCUUAAGUUUUCCUGUAGAAAUUUUACUCCCGUUUAUGUUUUAGACUUGGGUCCCGUGGUUUUUGCAAAACUACCCACACCAGACAUGCUUAAAUGAGUCUUGGUGAUAUCUGGCUUGGUUCACGCUAAAGCAUUAUGAUCCUGAUCGGAAACUAAUCGUUAGUCUAACCGUUGGCCUAACCAUUCUGAUUGAGAACGCAGGAUCAGAUAGGUUGAUCAGGAUAAGUUGAUCAGGAUCGGUUAAAGGAUUGUAGGUGCUAACGGUUAGCAAGUUGACCUUGUUCUUAUAAACAAUCAAUCAGAUGCUAGCAUUUCCCAUUCGCUUCUGUAGACUAUUAUGGUAUUUAUAGACCGAAGAUCAGCAAUAACUGUUAAUAAUAUUAAAUAUAUUAAAAUCUUUCCCAUACUUUGGAAAAAUAAGUUGUAAAAUCGGAAGAAUGUUCUUCAUUUCAUGGAAAUCUAUGAACCAACACAAUCACAGGAUGUAUGGGCAUUUAUAAAUAGUUUUCACGCAAUGUGUAGACUCGCACUUUUGGUAAAUACUGACCCUACAACGCUCGUUUCUUAGUUUAAAAUGAUGUCUGCAUUUUGAACUAUCUAGAUCGAUAAUUUCAUGCCUGAAUGGAAAGGUGGCCUUGGAUAUACUAUCUAGAUAAUGCUAACCGCUAGUUGUGUGUGGCCUUAACCAUUGAAGUUAAGAUUACACAAAAUGCCAGUUUAAAUAAAAAACAUUCAAAAUACAGAGAAGAUUAGGAUGGCUUUUUCAAUCAAUAAUUGGCCAGAUUUAAUGAAAUCUGUCAUUUUCCACUGGAGUCGGCAAUGGGCUUAGACACACGGCUGUCAGUGUCUGGAAUUAUAAUUACAAUCCCACGACUUGUGGUUAGUUAGAAAAUAAUGUAUUCUGAAAAUAGCUACUAUGUUAUUUAUUUUAGUGUAAUAUUAUUUAUAUAAGUAAACUAUUUAUAUAGGGUAUAGAUAUUAAUGACUAGCACUUUCAAGGAAGCCCUGGUAAGCAAGUAUAGGGGAAAAAAACGGUGUUAGAUCAGUGCAAUUUACAUUAUAUUGUAGUGCUUUGAUAUUUGGUGUGAUUCUUUCUUGCGCAGGAUAAUUGAUCUUUUUAUAUGAAUGUUAUUAAUUACUUUGAGGUUUUUAUUCUACUUUAAAUCCAUAUUGCUAUGAAUACUAGUCAUAAAGUAGACGUUUGACAUUUGUCCAUGUCCAGGGCUGUGCGUUCUGUGUAUUCAGCAUAUUUUGUGUAAAAAUACACUGUAUAUUUACUAUACUAUAAAAAUACUAUAAACAUUCCACUGAUUCAUAUUUUUAAUAUAAAACAUUAAUGUAUAAAAUGAAUUCAAACAUUACAGUACAGUAAUUUAAUUGGAAAAAUUAUUGAUAUUGACGCUAAUUGAUAGUUUAAAAAAAAGUUUCCUAGUAAGAACUGCAAUAAUAAAUCAAACUAGAGCGGUGAUAACCAUAAUGCCAACGCCAUGUACCAAAAUGGCAAAAGUUAUAAAUUGCAACUUAAAUGUGUUAUUACUUGAAAGAAAUCCAGGGUUGUUAGGCCUAAACGAAACAAAAUUACCUUGAAUAAUAGGUUAUUUUUAAUAUUGUAAUUUUUGUGUUAUGUAUUUUUAUUAUGAACAUUGUAAGACAUGCAGGCAUGGCCUAUGGGCUCUUGGUCUAAGUAAAAAUCUAUGUACCAAUUUCACACUAAAUUCUGUGUUGACCCUACAAAAUACUAGCAUCAUUGUCUCUGCUGUUAAAUAGUUUUGCUGUUUUGUUUUACAGUAUACUUGCUUUAUAUCCGUUUUGAUUGACCAGUUUUGAUAGGGUAUGUGGUUUUGAUAACCUAGAAAAUUGCAGAUUAUAUACUACUGUACCUGAUUGUAAUUAUUAGAUUUGUAAACUUGGUUUUUAUAAUGUAUAUAAUAUAUUGUUUGUAUGUAGAUAGAGGGUGAUAGACAGGUCUACUCUAACUUUAUCUGGAUUUUUUUUAAUAGUUGGAUCGUGAUAACAUGUUUUCUAUGAAAGUGCAAUAAUUUAGUGAAUAAAAGAACAUCUAAAUCAAUA